GAUCGAUUGAGAAGAGAAAACCAGAUUUACUUAGAAUAUCAUGACCAAGCUAAAGAUUUUAUUCUAGUUUGUUCACUCAUGAUACCCAGAAACAAAAAGAAAUGAUUCCUAAAUUACAAGAAAUCUUCCUUUGAGACUCGAAUACUUUCGUAACGCGAUCAAAGAUUCUAUUCUAAACUCUUGAAGUGGUUUUGUGGUUUGGACGUCGACUUUUCUUUACCUUAGCAUAAUGUUGUAAUUCUAACCGUUAGACUUUUGACACAAAUCUUUUACGUUCUGCUACUGGGUUGGAGAGCGUUAACAAUAUGUCUACGGUAGCGGAGUUUUUUGGCAACCCUCUGGUUACUUGGGUUAACACAUUUAAAAAUAACUCUCCUGCGGAGACCAUUAAUGAAUUUGCCGAUGGAGUUUUCCUCAACGAAAUAAUGGUCGAAAUCGAUCCUACGUAUUUCACGCUAACAAGAGUACACCAAAAUGUGGACGGGGACACUAAUAUAAGAAUACAGAACCUGGACAUUUUGGUUCGUCACUUAAAAGCAUUUUAUCAGGAAAAGUUACAGCAAGUAGUGUUGUUGAGAGCUCCUGAUGUAGUAGCUAUUGCUCAUCAUCCUGAUAGUGAUGUUGGUCUACAAGAAUUGAUCAAAAUUUUGCUUUUAAUGCUUGGAUGUGCUGUGCAGUGUGACAGCAAAGAAAGCUUCAUUGAAAAAAUCAAAGAACUUGAUCUGGAAGUACAGAAACAUUUAGUAGACUGCAUCAAGGAGAUAACAGAGAACCCAAGCCAUGUUUUGACAUUUCGUCCUAACGAAUUACAGGAUUCACCGAUGGAGCAUGUUAUUGAUGUUGCUGAAAGCAUGUUUUAUCAAAUGUGCCAUUUAGUGGAAGAAAGAGAUCAAAACUAUGGGGUAAUCACUCAUCUAUCACUAGAAAAAGAUUCUCUUUUACAGGAAAAGCAACGAUCAAAAUCACCUCGUCCAUUUUCCCCUCCACCGUCGGUGGCAGCUCAGCUUUCUGCAGAUUCCCCUUCCUUGAUGGCAUCAAGAGAAAAAAUCAGAAUGUUAACCGAAGAACUAGAAGAAAAGAAUUCUCUUUUUGCAGAACUCAAAGAAGAAAUGCUUGCUUCUAAAAAGACAGUUGAAAGACUUCGUCAAGAGAACAAGUUGCUGUCACAGGACGCAAUAUUGGUCAAGACAUACAGAGAUCAAAUGGAUAUGUUAAAAUCUAAGGCUGACAAAGUUGAAAAACUUGAGACAGAUGCAGCAAAAUUUAAAGAAAAAUUAAGGGAUCUAGAGUACCUGAAAAAGAGAGCUGAGGAAUUAAAGGAAGAGAAUCAGUUAUUAUAUGAUAACAAGGUAUUACUCGAGGGACAAUUAUCUGGAAUGUCAAGCAAGGAAGAAAGAAUUGAAUUUUUGGAGGAAGAAAAUAAGAAGCUUAAAUCUCAUAUUCAUCAUCUUGCUGAGGAACGACAGUAUGACCAGGAAAAGAUGAAAGAAGUGAUGGCAAGUAAUGCUCAACUGACUCUAGAAAAACAGGAAAGCAUGGCUGAGGUAUUUUCUUUGAGUGCUGAAAUCGAAGUUUUGAGAGGAAAAAGCCCUUUAGGGUCUGUUAAUCUUGCGAGUGAAUGUAAUGAAUCAAGCUCAAUGGAUGUUUUACGACUCUCCCAUCAAAACCAACAUCUGAAGCAGUCCCUUGAAGAUUUACGCGGUGCCAGUGCAAAACUUAUCGAUCUAGAGCGCGAGAAUAGAACGUUACAUGACAAAUAUCUAGAAGAGAAAUCCACUAAUCAUCGCUUGUCUCAGGAACUUGCAAAAUUCAAAGUGGAAAACAAACAAAGGGGUACAGAAGUUGAAAAAUUAACGCGAAGUGUCCGUGCAUUGCAAGAUGAACUUCACAUGUCUUCUGGUGAAUUGAAGCAACGAAGAGAGGUGAUCGCUCAUCUUGAACAAGAAAAUUAUAGCCAAGCAACCGAACUGGAAGACAAGACAAAGAGCUCCCAGGAUCAAGAAGGAAACGUUGCUUCCUUAGCAGAGAGAGCAGUGAUAAAAGAUAAAGAACUAUCGAAACUCGCCAAUAAGAACAAUGAAAAAGAGGCUGUUAUUUCAGAUAUGAAGAAAAGAAUACAAGAAAAAGAGUCAACCAUAGAAGAACUAUCUGAUUCGUUGGCUGGGAAAGAGAGGCAGCUAAAAAGCUUACAAUCAAGACUUGAUGAAACUGUGGAAGAACAGCAAAAGGGAGACGAAUUUAUAAGAAAGCAGAAAAAAGAAAUAGCUGAACUUGAAAACAGACUCGAAGAAACAUUGCAUGAAAAGAAGAAAUACCAAGAAGAUGUGCGGCAAAGAGAAUCGGAAGUACAAGAUUAUACUCAAAGGCUGGAGGAAAUACAAGGUACUAAAUCUAAGAGUGACGAAAAUUUGAAAAGGAAAGACAAGGAGACUUAUGAGCUGAAAAACAGGCUCCAGUCAGCUGUAGAAGACAGUGAAAGAUUAUCAGAUGAAAUCAAAGCAAAGGACCAAAAAAUACAAGCAUUACAGAAAAAAAUUGAGGAUUUGUCGAACUCUCUUGACGAAAGCAAUGAAGAUUUCAACCAAAAAAUGCGUGAGAAAGAAAAGCAUAACAAGCAACUUGAACGCAGAAUAGAAGAAUUGGUGGAGUCUUUAGGCGAAGUGGAAAAGAUGAAAGACACUGUAAAACAGAAAGACGAGAAGAUUGUACAACUCACAAGCAACUUGGAUGUCAAAGAUAAGCAAAACAGGGAGUUAGACAUCAAACUUGAAGACUCAAACAGCGAGAGGAAUAAACUACUCCACACUAUUAAACUUAAAGAAAAGAAAAUCGAUGCUUUGGAGAGCAGUUUGUCCGAAAUUGAAAAUAGCUCAGUUGUAGCGAAAGACGACCGAAUCACUGAAAUGAAAAAAGCUUUGGAAGUCAGAGACAAUAGAAUAGUGGAGCUGGAAAACAAGCUUGAAGACUUGACAAGUUCCAACAACAAGCUGCAACACGGCACUAAAUUGAAAGAUGAAAAGAUAGCAGAGUUAGAGUCUCGGGUUGAGGAAAUCGAAAGCUUGACAUUUGAGAAGACGCGACUCAGUCAGAAUCUCGACCUGAAAAUGCGACAGAUAAUAGAUAUUGAGUCGAGUCUUGAAGACUUUAAAGGCGAGAAUCAACGUCUCCUACACAGUUGCUCACAGAAAAGUACCAAAGUCAAAGAACUCGAAACCAAAGUGAGAGAGCUGGAAAGUUAUGUGGAAUUAUCACAAGGCCUUCAACAAACUCUAAAACAUAAAGAAGAAAAGAUUUCGACUUUGGUUUCAAAUAUGCAAGUCCAAGAUGAAAGACUCACUGAACUGGAACACUGCCUAGAAGACGAAAAAUCGCAGAAUCACAAAUUGACUCAUUCCAUGAAGAUUAAAGAAGAAAAAAUAGCUUCACUCGAAAAAAGAAUGGAGGAAUCGGAAGUCAUAGUCAACGAGAGUUUUAAAUUGAGCCAAUCGUCACACCAAAAAGAUGAGAGGAUCAAAGCGCUGGAAGAUGAGCUGGACGAGCUGGAUGAUAUCAUGACAACAAAUGAAAAGUUACUCAAAAGCGUAAAACAAAAAGAUGACAAAAUCAACAGACUGCAGGACAGGCUCGAUGAAGUAGAGGAUGCAGUAAACUUAAACAACAAACUCAAUCAGUACCUAAAACAUCGUGACGAUAAGAUUAAAGCUCUGGGUAAAAGAAUACUAGAACUUGAAGCGACGCUUGAAAUGAAGGAAAGGGAACAAAUUGCAAACGCCCAAGCAAACUAUACAAAGAUUCGUGAGCUAGAAGCAAGUUUGGAGGCAGUUAAUUCCGUUAAGGUUCAACGUCAGAAUAGCGUUAAGCGUCGAGAAGACAAAAUUCACGAUUUGGAAUAUAGAAAAACGAAGUUAGAAGAAUAUGUGCAAGAAAGAGAAGCUAAAGUACAUGCUCUUCAAAGCCAGCUGGAUGGUUCAGUAAAUCGCUACAGGAAAAUGGACAUGACAAUCGGAGAGAAAGAUAUGAUGAUUGCAGAACUAGAAGCCAGAUUGAGUGAAGCCAAAGAAGCUGGUCGCGAAAAUAAUAAGUUAAAUCAAAUGCUGAAAGCCAAGGAUGCAAGGCUGACAGAGCUUGAAAACAGGGUUCAAUCCUUCCAGUCUUCUAUGUCAAAUACUCAACUACAGGAAAAGGAAAGAAAUGAAAAAUUAGAAACCCUACAAAAGAGACUGGAAGAAACUCUAAAUCUAAAUAACAAGCUGGACCAAUCAGUUCGAAAGAAAGAAGAAAAUAUAAGGACACUAGAGAAAACAUUACAAAGCUACGAAAAGAGAGAAGAAGAAUUGGAAGUUUUACUAGAAACCAGAACCGAUAAGUUAUCAGGAAGUAAAAAGAGAGUACUAGAGUUGAUGGACAUGAUUGAAAGAAAAGACAAUGAAAUCGAAGAAUUAAGGAAAAGACUUGAGGAAUUUAAAAGUGCUACAUCAUCAGAAGAGAUAAUUACAGCUGCAUUGAAAGAGAAGGACUCACAGCUGGCAGAUAUUACAAGAAAUCUAGAGGAAAUGGAAGAAGAAAAACGAAAAAUGGCUAAUAAAAUGAAACUCAAGGAACAAAAGAUCGAGACGCUAGAGAAACAGAUAGAAGAGUUGGAUGUUGCAAAAUACAAUAAAGAUGAAAAACGCACGAUCAAACAGAACGAAACAAGAAUCUCAAUACUAACCCAGAAUAACAAGAAACUAGAAUCAGAUUUAUAUAAUAUGGAAAGCAAGCUUGAAGAAACGAAUUCUCAAGUAAACAAGCUUAGCCGUACACUAGAUCAAAAAGAAGAUCGCAUAAAAUCUCUCAAGUCUCGAUUGGAGGAUGCUGUUCAUCAAAACAACAAGCUGAAUCACGCGCUAGAACUCAAAGACGAUAAAAUUAAAAAUAUGGAAGAUAGACUUGAAGAGUCUUCCAAGCAGAUUGUACACUUGAGAGAAGGUUUUCAAGGAAAGACGCCAGAAAAAGAUCAGAAACCAAAAAAUACUUCGACUUCUAUUAUAUUUAAACCGGCGUACAAUUCAAGGGAUGAUCGUAAAACAGUUCAAAUGUUAUCAGUAGCAGACAAGAGAAUUGCAGAUUUGAACGAAGAAAUUCGUGCCUUAGAAAAGCAGAAUGCAACCAUUAAGACCCAGAGUGAAGCCAUGUCAUCACGCAACGCCCAGCUAGAGAUUGAGAUGGAGUCACUGCGCAUGGAGUUGCAAAUAACAAAAGGUGACUACGCAUGUUUAGUGGCUGAACUGAACGAAGCUCGUGACUAUUAUCAUCAACUUGAUCUUUCCGCUACAACUAUGGGACAUCGAUGUGAGAUGCUGAGUCAACUGAAUGCUACAUUAGAAGAGGAAAACAAGGCACUGCACGACAAAGUUAGCUGGCUUAUGGGUCAGAAUCGAGAACUCAUGGUAAAAUCCUUAGAAGAAAAAGAUCAGUUCAUGGAGGAAGAACGAAUAUUCUCUGACAGGUUGUAUAAUCUUCAACGAACCAAAGAGAAACUAGAAGAGCAAAUCGACCUUGCGAAUAAGGCGCUUUCUGAGUCUGCACCGCCUAAAAAAAAACCUGGAUUUUUCAAGAAAGUUUUCCAAAAGGCUGGUCUCAAGAAGAAAAAAGACGAGUCAAACAAAUCAAAGAACCCUGUGCAACUGUUGAAGGUUGAGUACAGCGAUGAUGUGGAUACAAGCAUUCUAAGUGGUUCAGAACACCCAGAUGACAGCUUAUCUUCGUUACAUGGGACACCAGGUCGGCGCUAUGACGAGUCCAGCAUUGCUUCAAGAGAAAGCUCCACAUCUGGUGACUCUAGCAGGGGUACGGCAUCAAAAAGUGCCUUCAGUCCAAAUUUAGGUCCCAAGUCUGAAGUAGUUAUGAGGAAAGGUAGAAACCAACCCAACUAUCCUGCUGUCGCUAGCACUUCUGCCAUGAUGAGUACACGUGAAAUCGAGAUGGUUCAACAGCGGAAAGUGUCGGAUGUAUCUGCUUUCAGAGCUCGUCAAGUUCGAUCAGAGAUAUUUGCUGAUAAUUUCAACCCAGGAAGACUCAACAGACCCAAGAGCCUUGACAAUUUGAACAAAAUUGGUGGUUUUCGUGGCAGCAAUGAUACUCUUUCUUCUGGUAGUGCAGUUGAGUCAACACCUAACCGAAGCUCUCGUGGACACGCAAGAAUCACUCCUCCUUCUUCUCCAAUAAAUGCAUUUAGGGUAAUCCCACAACAAAACAGUAGCCCCUACAGCUCUCCAAAAACAUCUAAGAAAGGAAUUUCGUCACGUAGUAGCAGCCCCCCAACUAAUAAGUCUCCUGUCGUCCCUCGAAGAAUGCGAGCUAGUCCAAUGUCUUCGUCCGUCAAUGACAGAUCUCCACAAUACUCUCAAGAUUCUGUUAGAGACCCUUCCACGCCUCCACGAUCACGACGCUCAAGCUUUUCAAGUGCAAUAUCAGGUCACGAAAGUGAUCAGGAAAUGGAAAGAAUAGACAACAUGUCUGUCUCGUCAAUGCGUUCAAGUAUUGUAGAAAGAACACCACCUCCAUAUCCGAGGGACGCAAAAGAUGAAAGUGCUUCCAAAAGUAAACGAUCCAGUAUUGCCGAAAGAGGACCCCCACCUCCAUACCAUAGACGUCCAGCUUCAGGUCUUGAUGCGGAGAAAAGAGAAGACAGUUCUCCACAUUCCAAACGAUCAAGCACUGCUGAACGACGACCACCCCCCUACCCACGAGGACCAGAGACAGACUUCCAACCAGAGCAUCCUUCUGCAAGGUCUCCAUAUGCUCUUAAUAGAAGCGCUAGCUUCCACAGCAGAUCAGGAGUUUCCAGGGAAGAGCAAACUGCUGUAACAAGAGGUAGCAAAAGGGAAAGUCUUAGAGAGAAGAAAACCGCCAGCUUGGAAAGCAGAGAGCAAGCUCCGAGACAUUCUCCAUUACAAACAACAACCCGUAGAAACGAACGAAUGCCUCAUACCAAAGAUUCUCCAAAUGCAAAAAAUUUUGAUUCAUCCGUGGACAGUGAGUCAGAAGUUCUUAUUGAUGCAACCGAGUCUGUUGUAAGUGCUGUACCGUUAAGUCCGGCCAGUUCUAUAGCUUCUCCAAACAAUGUUGUCUCGCCAAGUGAUAACAGUAGCAGUACUGUAAAAGUGGCUAGUUACAUCCGACAAAACGAAUCACUUCAAGAAUCACCUCUGAGAAGAAUGAAUAGCAUCCCCAGACAUAAUGCGCGAUCGAGGAGUAUGGAUGAGUCAUCACCUCUCAAGACACGGAAAGAGCCGACAAAAGCCGACAAGGGUGAAUCCUGUUUUGCUGCUGUAAUGGUUCGCCAGAAGUCGUUAACUGAAGAACCGUUGCCUUCCAGUGAAACUAGAUCGUCAGAUGUUGCAUCUGGAGCUAACAACGUAGUCCGAGCUAGGGUUACCUCAUUUGAACAACAAAAACCUGAGCAAAUACCAAAGUCUUCAACUUUAUCCAAUCUGCCGGUGCAAGGAAGUCCUAUUCGCAACGACGAUGAUGAAGACGACAGAUGGUCAAAAAUAUCAUCUGGGACUGACAACUCGCAUUCAAGGCGAGAGCGUCAAGGCGCCUCGAGCCCAAACUCACAAACUCAACGGGACGACAAUCAAUCUGAAGAACGUUCGAAUUCCAGGAAUAGUUCGCGGGCAUCGCAGCAGCGAGAUCGUAAGGGCACAACUCAUCAGUGGUUAGAAUAUGGAUGUGUAUGAUAAUACACUGCACACACUUAUUUAUUGCUAAUUUAAGACAAUCACAGUAAAAGAUAUUUAUUAGUUGUCGCUGGAAUAAAACGUCAAAACGCUUGGGUCAAUCUACAAUUAGAGUGCAAAACUAAGUAAUGACAGGUAUUGUAGAGUGAUUGCCAUCUGCGUCAAUACAAUGAGAUGUUUAGAAACUAACCCGUCAGUUGGUUAAAGGCAAUAGAGUUUAACUCUAAUAGAGUGCAUACUAUAUGUCCGUGAAAAACUUCGUAUGAAAUUGUACAAAUUUGCACAAAAUAAUAAUAAUAAUAAUAAUAAUAAUAAUAAAUUUAUUAUUUAUAAAGCGCCUUUCCUUGUGCUCAAAGCGCUGUUUACAAGUACGAUCAAAAAACUAAUAGACAACUAUUUAAACAAACUAAAUUCUAAUAGGAUCUAAACUUAAAAAAAUAAGCUAACCUAAAAAGAUAAGUCUUGAGUUGCUUAGUAAGCUCAGUAGACCCACGAGAGUAGAUUUACAAAACUUUGCACUCGUUUGUACAAUGUUGUUAACUUUUUCACGGAUAUUUGGUAUGCACUCCAUCUCCUAUUGAAAAACUUUGGCGCUGUUAUUAUCGUGUGUGAUAUUAUAUUAUGGGCUUUGUGUAGUAAUAUGUAGUUAAGUUAAGUCGUUGUGAAUUAUGGCAAAUGGGAUCGCUAGACAAUUGAGUUUAAAUAGCAAGGUUUUAUAUUCAAAUCUUAAGAUAUAUUAAAUGUACGUUAUGCAAGAUAGUUGCCAAUCAAUGCGUGUGAUACGUUAAUGCUUAAUAGCUUAUAGCCAUUAGUUUUGUGUUCUAGUAUUUUUUUAAUUGGGUUUAAUAGUAAAAUUAUUAAAAAGAUUAAUGCAUGGUUUAAAUAUACUUUAUAGUUAUUGUAAAACUAGAAGGUUGCAUCCCAAGACAUCAACAGAACUGCAUCAUUUUGUAAUCCACACGUUUAGCAAUCUACUUUCUUAAUUGCAGCUGCAAUUUUUCAAGUUCCGACUUUUGUAUAGUUCAACACUGUUUUCUACUUCAGAGAUUUUUAAGUAAUCCAUCCAUUUGAUAUAUUUUUUGAAUGAACGACUUAUCUUACAUUUCUUCCAACAUGGAAAUCUCAUAAAGUUUGUAUUCCUGCAAUCAAUCAUGUAUACAUAAUGAACACGUAAUUAUUAUCACUUGGUUGUAAAAAGUCGUAGAAUACCUGAUUAGCAAGUGAUUAUCAGCCAAAUAAACAUUUUGUUAAUAUUUUA